AUGGCGCUUAGGGUUCCGAUUCCUGCAGCUCUCCGAUCUCAUCAGAGCAGAAAAUGCUCUGUAAUCGGAAGCACUGGAGGAAUCAAAGUAAGAGCGAGCGUGAAACAGCGGCGGAAAGGAACUGGAAUUUCCCCUGAUUUCUCUCCGUUCCUAACAGAUCCGGAAGAAAUCGCUUCCCGUUUCGGCCUCGAGAUUACCGUUCUCGAGCUCGAACGCCUCUUCAAAGAGGCUUCCGGAGAUCCUCUUCUCCCGCAACUCUGCGGCCCUUCCCAUCCCUCUCUAGCGUCCGGUUUCUCUGGCCGCCCCGUCCGCGUCGCCUACCAAGGCGUCCGUGGCUCUUACUGCCAGGAAGCUGCAGUCAAAGCUUUCUCCUCUGUCUGCACUGCCUUCCCCUGCAAUCACAUGGAAGACGCCUUCCAAGCUCUCGAAGAAAAGACCGCGGAUCGUGCGAUCAUCCCCGUAGAGAACUCGAUCGACGGCCCGAUAGACCGCAACUUCGAUCUCCUCCUCCGCCACGGUGGAAUCGAUAUCGUCGGCGAGCUGAUCCUCCCAGUAAAUCACUGCCUCCUGGCCGUGAAAGGAUCUUCGAGAUCGGAUCUGAAACGGAUCGUCAGCCAUCCGCAGGCGCUAAGCCACUGCAAGGCGAAGCUCGAGACCCUCUGUCUGGAGAUUGACGAGGUCCCGAACUCAGCUGACGCAGCAAAGUUCAUCUCGGAGAAUCAGAUCUCCGACACGGCGGUCAUCGGGAGCAAGAUGGCAGCCAGGGAGUUUGGGUUGCAGGUCCUGGAGCAGAAUGUCCAGGAUCAGAUCUGUAAUUUCAACAGAUUCCUACAGCUCGGGUUAGAACCAGCACCCCUGCUUCAAGGGAAAGAAAAGAAACCUACGGAAUGGAAAACGACCGUAGCGUUUUCUUUGGAGAAGGGAGUUUCGGAUUUGUUUCGGGCGCUCUUCCUGUUCCAGAGCAGGAAUGUAACGGUGACGCGAGUCGAGCACCGGCCGAACCGGUCGAAUCCGGUGCGCGUGGUGGAGAAAGAGACGGGUGAUUUCCGGUACUUUGACUACGUAUUCAUAUUGGAUUUGGAAGGGAGAGUGUCAGAUCCGGGCGUGGAGAGCGGUCUAACCCGAUUGAAAGAGAUAACGGGGUUCGUUAGGGUCCUGGGGAGCUACCCACUUAUUUGA